UUCCGUUUUCCCAUCAUGCCAUUUGAUAAACAUGGCUGAAAGCUUUUCUGACAGCAUUGAAGUCACCGCUAUUAGCUAGCUGAGUUUUGCCUCUUUGAUUUCAUCAGUUGGUGUUUAAGUGGAUUUUAAACAAUGCCGAAAUAUUACGAGGAUAAAGAGGAAGAUAACAGAGCCUGUGCCGGUAUCAGAGAGGACUUCAAGGCGUGUCUCCUUCAGCACGACUGCGUGGUAAAGGAGGGGAAGCUGCCCAGUGAGUGUUUGAAGGAAGGCCACUGCAAAGCCCUGCAGACUUCAUUCUUUGAGUGCAAGAGGUCAAUGCUGGACACAAGGUCAAGAUUCAGAGGAAGGAAAGGAUACUGAGGAACCAUCUGAGCACUGCCAUAUGACUGAGUGAAUACUGGAUGAGCAGCUGCAAAUACUUGCCAUGAUUUAAAUCACAGGGUGAUGCUCACAGGUCAGUGUAUGUGCAGCUGUACCUCCCCAGAAGACGAAAGAUGUGUCAAGAAAGUGGGUGGCGACGGGCUACCAAUUAAUACAGUACAGUGCAGACUGACACACAAUCAAAGGACUAAUCUGCAAAAUGUAACACUGAAGAGAAAAAACAAAACGGAGCUGUCACAGGCUGGAGCUUUUUCUGGAUGAAUGGGUGUGUGUUUGUUGUGUUAUGAAAAUACACUUGUAAUAAAAUAAAUAAUGAAAAAUGGAAA